AAAUCAAUGAAAAUUUCACAGGUGGCGCUGUGCUCGCUUGCAAGCGCGUCAUUUCGAAGGAAAAGGAAAUUUGUUUACAUUUUUGAAAUCUUUUCGUGCAAAAAUGUCUGCUGUUUACGAUUAUUUAAGAGCUGCUGCAAUCGUGGUUGCAUUUUUUGCAGCUAGACAAAGUAAAAAAUCAGCUUUGUCUUUUGACUUAUAUCUAUCAGCAUGGUUUGGUGCAGGGUGCUUUCUUUUCCCUCGAUUUGUGGCUUCUAAAAUCUUUGUGUCCUCAGAUCACUCUCAUGUGUUUGGAGUUCAAACUGUUGGAGCCAGCUUUAUCACAAUGGCACUAUUUCAGUACUUGUGCAAUAAAUCCAGAGAUGAAACAGUUCUUGGAAGCAUUUCAGUGUCAAAGGCUUUGGGAUUUCUGCCUCUUCUGUUUGCCUCAGUGUAUACCUUUGUAAUGAAUCAGAAGAGUUUUCACCACCCUGCUUUCUGUUUCAUCUUAACAAUCUUCUCUGGAAUCUGGUUAAUCAAUGUGGCUCUGUUGUUUGAGAUCCGCCCCGCUAUUGGACGGAGGGAGCAUGGGGGACCCGUCAGUGUUGUGUGCAGGCUCAUGUUCCUUGUCUUCCUGCUCCAUGGCCUGGCAGACUUAGCCUUCCCAUCCACUGUGGCUUCCAUCAUGAAAGUGAAAAGUUCUGUUGGUUUGAAUUUCUUGACACAAUCUAUCGGAGCCCUCCUGAUCAGCAAUAUUUUCACAUCCUGGUAUGCCCCAUGCUUCCUCAGAAAGGAAGAUCGAAAAAGCUUUAUUGACAGUCAGCUUGUGUAUGAAUUGUUGGUGGCUUUGGCCUCGGGAUACUUCUGCUACAUGACGAAGGCCGAUACCAGUGCUACUCUCCUGUUUGUGGCCCACUCUCUGGCCGGUAUGUUGCUGCCUGUUGUAGGCUGUGUCCUGAUGUACAGAGAAGACCACGUGAUCACCAACACCCACUAUACUCGCUCUAAAAGGAACUAAAAUGUCAUCAUUGGAAACACUUGUAUAAAACUCACCGAUGUAUUUUUUUAAAACAAUUUUCUGAAUAAUUUUUAAUACUCUUAGUAUAUUAUUCUUCAUAGUCCUUUUAGUAGUCUCUACGUGUUGUAUUAUUUUUAAAAAGGUAUACAACUAUUUUUAAAAGGGUAUACAACUAUAAAAUCAACAUUUUUAUAAUCACAGCAUUAUUAAUCUUAGAUCUGCUUUUUUGGUAUUUUUAGUUUGUAAUCUCAUGUAGUUCAGGGUAUACAUUUUGACAUUGGUUGGAUUUUAGCUGAAAGUUAUCUAUUAUUUACUUGAAAUUUUAUAUUUAGGUAUCAGAUCUCAAACUGAUGAAAUUUUUUUCUAGGUUGAACUUCACGCAAACAAUGAGUGAAUUAGUGCUAAGAAUAUUGGAUUGUCUCCCUUACAUUUUGAGACAGAAACUAUUUUCGUGUUUCAAUCAAUCAUGUAUAUGUCACUGUGCCUUUGUUUAAGGACAUAUAUAUCUUGAUGUUUGACCUGCUGAGUUUUUAGUUUAAUGUUGUAAUUUCUGUUCACAAAAUCUGUAUAGAAAUGUAAAUAAGCAUUGACAGCUUAGAGGCAGCAGAAUCCCCAUCAGGAGCAAGGGAGUCAUGUACAGUCAGUAUUUUUCAGAAGGAAGUGUUUUGUGUGUCUUACAGAAUUAUUUUGAGCAUUGGUCAAAUACCAAAAUAAAUUUAUUAACUGAG